AUGGCAAGAAAAAAAGUGUUAAUCAAGUCGGUACUGUUAGCUAUGCCUAAUUAUGUGAUGCAGUGUUUUCUUUUGCCUAAGCGGGUGUGCAAGGAUAUUUGUAGUGCAAUUCGAAAAUUCUGGUGGGGUUCAAAAGAAGGGGAGAACAAGAUUAACUGGGUUAGUUGGAGCAAGCUUUGUGAUAACAAAUCCGAUGGUGGGCUUGGCUUUCGUGAUCUUUAUGCAUUCAAUUUGGCCUUUCUUGCGAAACAAGCAUUUUGGCAGGAAGAGCCAUUCUCAAAAAGGGCUGGAGAUGGAAUGUGGGGGAUGGUUCUUCCAUUGAUAUUUGGAGCGAUCCUUGGCUUCCGAGGUCUCUCUCUUUUCAAGUGCUUAGUCCUCCCCCAGCAACCACCUCCACCCUUAGUCACAUUCACCGUGUCUCGGAUCUUAUCGAUAGCACUUCCCAUAGCUGGAAUGUUUCAUUGCUUAAGGAGCUUUUUUUGGAAUCUGAUGUGGAGUCAAUUCUCUCGAUUCCAAUCAGUUCACAGGGCUGCGGAGAUAAGGGUUUAUGGCACUCUACCAGCAAUGGGUCCUUUUCAGUUAAGUCGGCUUAUCGUUUGGCAAAACAAAGCAACUUUCCACGGCAGUCUCGAGAACGCGGUGAGUCGAGUUCGGGUAUUCCUUCUGACUCUUUCUGGAAAUCUUUGUGGUCUUUACCAAUCCCUAAUAAAGUCAAGAUGUUUUUUGUGGAGAUGUUCCCAUAAUGCUAUUGCUGUAUGUGCUAAUUUGAAUCGUAAAGGUAUUGAUGUUUCUCUCUACUGCCCAAGGUGUAAGACCAAUUAUGAAACUCUAGAGCACUUACUUUUCCAAUGCAAGCUAUCGCGAGCGGUGUGGCUUGGUUCCCCGUUUUGCCCUGUGGUUUCUUCUAUGUGGAAUUCCUUUCAGUUUAUUGAUUGGUGGUAUUCGUUCCCCCAUAAUUCUUACGCGUCUGAUACAUCGGUGAAUAUGGGUGCGUUUUUUGUUUCUAUUUGCUGGUUUAUUUGGAAGGCAAGAAAUCAAGUGUAUUUUGAUGGCCUUGGCUGGAAUGGUACUGUGAUUCUGGAAAAGGCUUCUGCUCUUUGUUCCGAAUUUAAGGCUGUCAUGGUUGAUGAUCAUUCUCUCCAAAGCCCUGCUGUUUCUAAGAGCGUUCCUAUGUGGCGUCCACCUCUUGUUGAUGUGAUAAAACUUAAUGUUGAUGGGGCUGUUCAAAGGGCAAAUGGCUCAGUUGGGGUCGGCAUUGUGGCUCGAGAUCAUUGGGGGCAGAUUGUGGGCAUGAUGGCCAUCCCUUUUAUUGGGCUUUUCUCCCCUAGAGCUGUUGAGGCCAUGGCCUUUCGGGAAGCUUUGGUCUUUGCAGCCAAUAGAGGCCUUUCGAAGAUUGUUCUGGAGGGUGAUUCUCUCCAAGUUGUUCAAGCACUUACUCAAGCGGGAAAAUCUUUUGCGGAUUGUAGCUCUAUUCUCUUGGAUUGCUUAGUUCUUCUGUCUCUAUUUUCCUCUUGUACUUUCGUGCAUGUUAAUCGUUCUUUGACUCCUCAUUUGCCUCCUCGUCUUCUCCUCCCACGGUUACACCGCCGCUGCUACCUCUGCGCCACCAAAUAUCUCCUCAUCGAGAAAAUUUUCAGUGCCAAGCAGUUACCACGUGGUGCCCACUCGGUGCAUCCGGGCCGUCUAUUUCGAUUUUAG